UAACUGACAGAUUUCUUAGUCUGCAUUUGCUCCUCUCUGCUUUCUUUCACAAAAGUCUACUUCUUCUUGUCUGAUUCUAACUUUCUCGCAUUAAAAGUCGUACAAAAUUUGAUUAAAGAAAAAGCCCACAAAAUUUUCAACUUUCAAUCGGCCUCUCUCUUCAAUUUUUCAAAUAUGUCAGUUCCACAAGCACCAAAAAGGCCAGAUUCUUUAACUACUUGGUUCUUCUCCUAUACAAAGCUAAGGUUCUUCAGUCGCAUGCGGCAGUUCCUCCACCUCAAGGCGGCCAAGAAGCAUAACAAACUGCUGGAAAAAGUCGAAAAACCUGUAGAUACAGAUAUACAUACAGAGGCAAAUAUGAGAGAAGAAAGUGAUUGGGUGGUGAUUUUGCAAAGGUCUGUGAAGAGUCUUCACUUUGGGAGCUGGGAAGAGAAGGAGGUAGCAGCAGAGGAGAUUAAAAAACUGGCGAAAGAAGACUUGCCGCGGAGGAAAACCAUGGCGGAACUCGGUGUUAUACCACCGUUGGUGGCCAUGGUUGGUUCAGAAGUGGUGGCGCGUCAAAGAUUAGCUGUUCAAACGUUAAUUGAGCUUGCUAAUGGCUCUUUCACGAACAAGACUCUCAUGGUGGAGGCAGGAAUCUUAUCAAAAUUACCAGAAAAUAAGGAUGUCUUAGGUGAACCAACCAUGCAAGAAUUUGCUCAGCUCCUCUUGUCUAUAUCUUCAGCCUUCGCCAACAGCCAAUUCUCUCUGUCCUCAUCAAGAAUUAUCCCGUUUGUAACUCACAUUCUGGAGUCAAGUUCGAGUACUAUUCAGACAAAAGAUUCAUGUUUGACAACAUUGUACAAUCUUUCCUCAGUCCUAGACAACGCUACGUCUUUGGCUACAAGUGGGGUUGUCAACUUUCUCUUGAAGCUGUCUAUACUCGAAGAAACAUCAGAAAAAGCCCUUGCAAUCUUGGGAAACUUGACAGUUACCUUAGCAGGCGAGAAGGCACUAGAAAGUGAUCCAAUGGUGCCCGAGAGGUUAAUCGAGAUUAUGACUUGGGAAGAGAGGCCAAAAUGCCAAGAAUUAUCUGCUUAUGUAUUGAUGAUUUUAGCUCAUAGAAGCUCCCUCCAAAGGCAGAAAAUGGCAAAGGCUGGAAUUGUGCCAGUCCUCCUUGAAGUGGCUUUGUUGGGUAGUCCCUUGGCUCAGAAAAGGGCUUUAAAAAUAUUGCAAUGGUUUAAAAAUGAAAGGCAAAUGAAGAUGGGGCCUCAUUCAGGGCCACAGGAUGGGAGAAUAACUAUGGGAUCCCCUGUAAAUCCAAGGGAAGUUGAUGAAGGGAAGAAAUUGAUGAAAACAAUUGUGAAACAAAGCCUAUAUAAAAAUAUGGAAACAAUUACACGUCGAGCAAAUGGUGAAGGGGAUUCUUCUAAACUUAAGUCUUUGGUAAUUAGUUCAAGUUCUAAGAGUUUGCCCUAUUGAUUCAAAGGUGUGCUGGUACGAUCCUAGUCGAACGCUUGUGGGAAGUUUUCAUCCUGCCAACUGGGACACGAGAUCAGAGCUAACAUCUUAGAUUGCACUACUUGUGCACCACCACUUCAUUUUGCUGUAUAUUGUUGGAAUAUAUGAAUAAAUAUAUAUAUAUUUCUUGGAA